GUGAGAGAAGCCAUGUGCGUCUAGGUACCUUACCUGCGGGCUUCCUUUUUCCUUCCCUCGCCUCAAUCCUUCAUCGAUAGAGCGGUUUAGGUCUCUGGGAACGAAAGCAGAGAGAGAGAGAGAGAGAGAGAGAGAGAGAGAAGGAGAGAGAUUGUCGACGCACUCGUCGUUCUCCUUACGAGCUCUCUGAGGACGCUGUUACGAGGGCAAUGGUCAGAAUUUGCUUUGCCCAGAACUUUUUGAAACGCUAGGGUUUCGGUGUCAGAAGGGAAAACAGAAAGCCAUGAAACGCAGGUCUCACCGUCUGCCGAUCUCUGAUCCUCCUGAUGACUGGGGUGAUGGCUCUUGGACUGUGGAUUGCGUUUGCGGUGUGACUUUCGAUGAUGGAGAAGAGAUGGUGAACUGCGACGAGUGCGGUGUUUGGGUGCACACGAGAUGCUCGCACUUCGUGAAAGGGGAGACGUCGUUUGCUUGUGACAAGUGCAAGAACAAGAAGAAGAGGAAUGAUAGCGAGGAGACGGAGGUUGCCCAGUUGCUUGUUGAACUCCCCACCAAGACAUUGAGGAUGAACACAUCUUAUCCGUCGUCUGUUCCUUCACGGCCUUCUUUUAGGCUAUGGACUGAUAUUCCUAUGGAGGAAAGGGUCCAUGUGCAGGGCAUUCCCGGUGGUGAUCCUUCCCUGUUUCGGGGGUUAUCAUCAGUUUUCACUCCUGAUUUAUGGAAGUGUACCGGUUACGUGCCGAAGAAGCUCAACGUUCAGUAUAAAGAGUUCCCUUGCUGGGAUGAGAACAGAGAGACUGAUGCUAGAAUCGAAGAGGAAAACGAGAAUCUGGUUGACAAAGGUGCCGGUGUUCUGUUCUCCUUGUCGAAGGAGAUCGUUUCUGCUCCCCCAAUGGAGACAUCCAUUGGAUUGAGAGGUCCAUUUGAUGAAACUGGUGGUGAAAGGAAUCCAUCUCAGAAAAAGAUGAAGAAACGGGAGGGUAAGGAUUAUAGCAUUGGGCGCAUGCAAAAUAGCAUGAAAAGGGAGAGAGACCAACAACUUCGGCCAGUUGGGGUUCAUUCGGGGAAGCGGAAGAAGGAAGUCUCUGGAACAUUUAAGGAUCGGACUGGAAUGAAAAAGGUUAGAAGUUCUGAUAAGGUGGCGGACAAUAAGAAGAGAGCUUCUGGACAUGUCCAUGGGGCGCAGAAGCUGGAGGUUUCUGAAGGUGGGGGUGUCAAAAUCAAGACUGAUUCAUUUGAUGUAAAGAUUGAAGAUAGAUCUGAAGCCGAACUCCCGGUUCCUGCUCUUGAAGCAACUAUUAAUACCAACAAGACCUUGAAUGCAUCAUGUACUAAGCCAUACUCCACUGAACACAUAUUGAGUGACAAUUGUGGAGAUGCUUUUCCAAGGGAAAUGGAAUCAACUGUAGAGAAGGUAGAUAACCAUGCUCCUUCAAGAAAUGAGAAUCAUCCUAUAAAUGGUGGUGGUGCGAUGCCGCUUUUGCAGUUAAAUGAUGCUGGGUGUAUUGAGCCAAAAAAAGAGGAUGUUAAGACAGAAAUUGAUGAUCCAAAUCAUCUUACUGAUGGGAACUAUGAUCUAAGGGAUGUAAAUGGAGAUUCUUCCAGUGUUGCAGUAGAUUCUCAGAAUAUGAAGCCCCUUGCUUCAAAGCUGUCGAGUACCACUACAGUAGUGCAAGAAUAUCAAAUGCUUCAAGGUUUGCGUGGCAGCAAUUCUCCGAUCUCCGUCCAAUCUAAUAUCAAAUUGAAAAUUGGAGGCAGCAAUGAGCAUCCGAUGAAUGAGUCAGAUAUUCCUUCACCACCUAUUAGUGAUGUAAAGAAUGACAUUAGUAAAUUCUCAACUAUGUCUCUGGGGAGGUCUGCUUUGGCACAGGUGUCUGAAAAUAAUCCGGUGCAUGACGCAACUUUAGGAAUUUUGUCAUCAAGUGAUCGUAAAACCCAGGAUAAUGAAAGGGAAUCAAAAGCAUCAAGCCACUUUGAUAGGGAGAAUCUUGAUGAAAGAAUGGUUUCUGUAUCUGACGAGCCUCAGAGGCUUGAACAGGAAUUGCAAGGCUCAAUAGGUCCUGUGACAAUGCAGGAAGGUUCUUCAGAACCCAAGUGUGCUAUGAAACAUGCUGAAGAGCCAGUGAAAGUAGGAGAGAGACAGUUAAGUCCUGGGCAACAUACUCAACAUAAAGUGGUAGCUGGUGUUGCAAAAUCUUCAACUUCAUCAACUGUUGUGAUCUCCAAGUUGUCUGUUUCUGGUUCUUGUAAACCUGUCGUUGCUCCUACUCCCCCAAGGCCUUUUCCUUCAACUAAACGAGUGAAGAUGAUCUCUAAUGCUGAUACUAGGAGAGGUCAUUCCGUGAGUGAUGUAGUAAGAGAUGAUUUAAGACAUGAGUUGGCAAAAAAAACAGCAAAAGAGAAUGCAAAAGAUUCUGUAUUGAAAACACAGCAAACAAGCAAGAUUUCCCAAUCUUCGCUUUCUAAACGUGCCCCAACAGAUUCAAAGGAGCUGGUGUCAAAUGCAUCUUCGAGAUCACCUGUUGCACAGAAUAUAGCAGUUUCUUCUGGCUUUGUUGAGUCUGCAGGUUCACUGCUGCCACAAGGUGCUUCGCACUUGCAAAGCAAGAUUACUGCUUCAGGCUUCUCCAAGGGUGAAAAGUCCAGUCAAUUAAGUUCUCAGUCGUCCUCUAAGUCGAAUAAUUCACCGUUGAUGCAUCCUCCACCUCCUGUCUCUUCUCCAGCAUUGAGUGAUGAAGAGCUUGCACUACUACUGCAUCAAGAGCUGAACAGUUCUCCCAGAGUCUCGCGGGUGCCUCGUGCGCGCCAUCCAUUGGCUUCUCCAGCUAUAAGCUUACUUAUUAAGCGCUCAUCAGGUUCAGGAUCAAAGGAUCAGGUUUCCAGGAGAAGAAACAUAGAAGAUGGAUCUAAAGAUGACUGUCGGAGUUCUCGUGAGCUUAAUGAUGAUCCCAAGAAGACUGAUAGAGUGACUUCUUCCCUCGAUCAGAGGAGACAGGAUCCAGUUCUUGCAACAGAUGGUUCUACAAGUAGGGAAGCAUGUGAAAGAUCUCUAGAGUUGGUACAUUCUGGUAAGAAGAAUAUGCCUUCUGCCUCCACUAUUGCAAACAGCGGUCUUUCUUCUUCCACUGAGACCAAUGACCAGAAUUUGUCCUCCAUACGCAACUCUCCCAGGGAAAUAGUUGAUGGUGAUAUAGGCACAAUAUCAGGUCAUGCUUCGCGCACUUUACCAGGCCUUAUUAACUUGAGGAAGCAUAAUGGAGAGCAGUAUGCAUCAAGUCACUCACAGGCUGUCCUUGAUUGCUCGAGGAAUCGCAAUGAAUGGCCACAGCUGGUUGAUCGUGGUCCCAAGAAUAAUGCCGGUAGGAAGAGACAGAAACUGGAUCCUGAGCCAUCCAUGACGGAUUUGGAGAGUGAAGUGGACAGGGGCAGAUACCCAAGGGAGUUGGAAGGUAGAAGUGUAGACUCACAGCAAGAGGAUUUCCCCAAGGGUAAAAGGAAGGCUCGAAAACGCAGGCGAUUGGCACUACAGGGCAGGGGCAUAAAGGAUGUCAGGAAGAGGCAGAAAGCUGCAGCAAUCACUGAUGAUGAUUUUGACCCAUUUUCUUAUUCAAGUGAGGGAACUGAAGGCAUCUUCAGUGAGGAUGAGAGCCAAGGAGCUAGAGCUUGUACUGUGGGAAGCGAGGCUUCUACUGGUUCUGAUGAACCGGGGCACAUGUAGUUAUUGAAUGGCGUUUUCCUUCAUCAAAUUUCAAUUUGAUUGUGUAGAUCAUAGAAGAGGGCUAGUUUUGUUGAUCGAAAGAAGUGGCCCUUGCAGGUAGUCGAUGUUUCUUUGCUAUUGGUACAAGUUCUUCUAUAUUAAGAUUCCUUGAUAUCCAUUCCAAUGUGGGAGUGUCACUAGAUGUUGGCGUCUCUUGGGUUCCAGUAGUCGACAGGGUCGCAGUGUAAAGUAGCACAUGGGGGAUCUUGUGGUUCCCUGUAAAUUAGUAGGGGUUGGGAGAUGUAAUUGUAUUGUAAAUGUAAAUUAUAAUACAAAUAUUUUGGUGUA